AGGAUAUUUUGAUAUUAUGAGCUAAAGGUGUCCCAUUUUCCCCCACAGUACUAUAAUACAAAUUACAAAACAGCUGCUUUUGACAUUUUUUCACUAUGUUUACUAUAUUACGUGAAUUGGAUAACCUGUCGCCCAUAGCCCUCGUAUAUGUCAAUUCCAGGUGGAUAUAAUACGCAUAUCUUUGUGACUUAAUGCAAGGUUAUACGCAGAACGAAUGCUUGUUUUAACCGAACUCACCGCUUCAGAUGUAUUUUAAUAGCUAAGGUGAAAAUAGUUAGGUUGUUUAAGUGUUAGGAGUUGGCUGUUACGCGUGUACAAAUGCAAUAUGAAUUACUGAAAAAAAAUGGGAUACUUUUAACUCGCAGGCGCUAGUACGCGGAGUUUAAAGGCUAUAAUAAGUGAAUGUAACUUAAAUCCUUGAGUGGCCGGACAACUACAGUCGUUAUACAGGUUUUUUUUUAACUCGCAAGGGCUAGUAGGAGUGUAUAAAGCGUAUAAUGAAUAAAUGUAACUUGUUUAUUCUCGCAUAGCAGGAAACACCACUGAUUACCACGUAGCGAGGAUAAAGUAAAAAGUUACGUUUGACAAACCUAUCUUUUUUACAGAAACUUCUCAAAUCGUAAGUUUAUAAUGGCAGAUUAUAGAAACGAAGCCGUUACUUCCCCACCCCGGCCUAAUAUAGAGUUUAACUCAACACCUGGGAUUGAAUCUACCUUCAAACAAAAAUCAAUGGCUCAUUGUAACUUCGCGUUUGAACCAUCUACGCCACCAACUGUGCAAAAAUCAGUCCACGCAGUUAAUGUGGAGCAACCCAUUAAUACGUGGCCGAGCGCGGGAACACCGAAGAAAGAUGGAGCGUUCGGUUGGUUGAUAGUUAUUGCCUGUUUCUUUAUUGAAGGCCUGGUGUUUGGGACAAUAAGGGGUCUUACCAUAUUCUUCAUUCAUUUUCAAGAUGCGUUUUCAGCGACAAGUAACUUAGUAUCCUGGGUCCCUUCCAUAUCCCUUGCCACACUUCACGCAUCAGGAAUACUAGCCAGCAUUCUGAGCACCAAAUAUGGACCUAGACCCGUAGUUAUGCUAGGCGGCCUACUCGCGUCUACUGGUUUUGCCCUGUCGUCGUUUUCUACGAAUAUUGUCCACCUAUAUAUCGGUAUUGGGGCGAUCACUGGCAUUGGCUUUGGACUUGCCUACGUUCCUUCCAAUGUACUUGUUGCAAAUAUAUUUGAUAAAAAGCGAGCCCUAGCCUUCUGUAUAACUUCAACUGGGGGGCCUGUUGUCUCAUUUGUGUUUGCUCCAUUGUUCCAGGCCCUAGUUGCAACGUACACUUGGCACCAAGCGUUGCGAAUUAUCGCUGCGAUUCUACUUAUGAUCACACUGUGUGGUAUGGUUAUGUCAUCGCCUGAUGAACCGACCGGAGUUAUUGAAUGCAGCGAGGAAAAAGAAUCCAUCAAUACUGUUGCAAACAAUACCAAUAAUGACAUCACAAAGACCGAUAAAUUUUCAGCUCCAUCUUUCCCAGUACUGCAAACAAUCCAAGAGGUAACAGUGAUGCCAGAUAAAAACCAACUUUUAACAACAACAGCACACACAAGUGAACCAUCACUGAUAUCUGGAAACACUUCUCAGUUCACAAGGAAUAAAUGGAAAAGCAAAAGCUUCACUGAAUCAAAAGGAACCCACAAUUGGAAACGCAAUGUCCGCUUUGAUCUUCCAACUGUUUCCCGUGGCAACCAGAAAAGUGUUGACCAAAAAGUUUUAAUCCCCAAAGAGACCCCAGAGCCUGUGGUAACACUGAAAAUAAAUAGAAUAUCAAGUGAAGAGGAAAUAAGAAACACUGUCAGACAAAUAACAGAUGAAGCUAAUAAGCCUCCUAUUACACAGAAAGCGGGUCUGCAAUGGAAAAUCUUAAAAGAGCCUUCCUUUUUCCUCUACUGCAUUACUGGCCUAUGCAUUGGAGCUGGGGCUUUCACACCUAAUGUCUUCCUUGCGCCUCAUGCUGCUUCUAAGGGGUUCGUGAAUUUCCAAGGAGCUUAUCUGGUUUCUAUUAUGGGAGGUGUGUCCAUUGUAAGCAGUUUGGCAAGCGGGUGGGUUGCUACGCUAACUUCUGUCAGUCUUCUCUACUUUGACAUUCUAUCUCUGCUAGCACUUGGUAUUUGCUGCCUGUUAUGCCCGCUUGCUACUACUUAUGUUGAGCUUGUAAUCUUCUGCAUUGGAUUUGGGCUGUUCUCAGGUGCGGUCAUGGCUCUUCCAUUUGCUGUCCUUGCCGAAAUAGUGGGGGUUGAUUGCUUAGCAACUGGUCUCGGAUUCUUUUUUAUGGUUACAAGCGUUGCUGUGCUCAUUACUCCUCCAGUGGCAGGUUGGUUGGUUGAUAUAAACGGCUCAUAUGACUCAAUCUUCUAUCUCUCUGGUGUUGCCUUGGUAACAGCAUCACUGAUGGUAUUCAUCAUAUCUUUAAGAUUUCGGUUUCUUCGUCGAAAAAGAGAGGCUCAACUUUCGGAUGUUAUUUCUAAGGUUGGCAGUAGCAAAAAGAGAAACUCUAUUUUGGGAACUCUCUUUCCUGAAGAAUCCCCACUUCAAUUAUAUGAUCUCUAUGUGAAUGAUUUGAACAAUAUAAGGGUCCCCCCUUCAAUCUCAAUGACUCAUCUAAGAAGACAAAGUAUUUUAUAAUCUUGUAAGCAAACAUAUAAUAAUUAAAAUGUAUAUAUUCAAAUAAAAAUAAUUGUAUAUAGAAAUGUUGAUGUGUUUAGCCAAAAAUAUAUGUUGUUUUUGUGUAUAAAUACUGGUGUUAUAAACCACAGACCAUUCUACAUACCUUUUAAUAAAAUGUUGUCAAGCUGU